GUCCCGCACUAAUAGGGGGUGAACUGCAGUUACCUCUAUCUUGUUCCCCUAAGAUCGCUCCUCUAAAUCAAAACCGACGAUUUUCAGAAGAUAACCAUUGACGACAACCGCGAUUCUAGUCGACAGAGGACUCUUCUUGAUAAGCAUCUACACCUCGAAGAUAGUUGAAAACCCUACCAAUGAGUUCAGAGCGAAGAAGGAGUGCUAGACUCAUUGAGAGUCCUUGGGUGUACAACUGGCCCAAGAGACCACCGGUUUAUAUUGCUGUAGACGACGAUAGCACAGGACCAGCACAUAAACGGCGAAACUUUGAGAACAAAACCGGAGAAGAACAAGGGAAAAAAAUGCAUUCUGGAGCAGUGGUAACUGGGGUUAAUGGAAGGUUAAAGCGUGCAAGUGUAGAAACCAAGGCAGACCGGGGCAUUGGGGGAGUGAGCCUUGCAACAGAACUAACUGAUGAUGAUGAUGACUUUCAAACGCCAGCCGAGCAUUUUGAUAAGGUGAAGAGUAUCAGAAUGCAGAAUAAAUCCAAGAACAAUGAAGGGGAUAAGAUCAGUAAAAAAAGGAACAGAGCAACCGAGGUGACAAUAAUUUCUGCGGUUGAUACAGUUGCUGAGGGAAGCCGGAGAAGAUGUGUGGACAAGGGCAUAGGUCAAAAAGGGAAACAUGUUGCCAUUGUGGACGGUCGGAAGAUUGUAACUUCUAAAUAUCCCUACAAAGCUAGGGAUGAUGGGGAUCAGGCUCCACCUAUUAUAAAUGACAAACCCAAAAAGGUUCGAGCAUAUGAAGGAUACCUUGAGAAAUAAAUUCCGCCUUCUAUUAUCAAGGACAUCAUUAAGAACUUGACUGUUGAACAAGCUAACUGGGUAAGGAGUACUGGAUUCGGUGAACUAUUGAGUUUCGAUAUGUCAUGCCAUGCACAUAAGCUAGGAUAUAAUUUAGUGCAAGCAUUUGAUGUUGAGAGAUGUGCGUUGGUGAUGAAAUGUGGCACCAUAGAAAUAAAUGAUAGGCUUGUUCACAGGGUGAUCGGACUACCAAGGGGGCAAAUUUUGUUGACAGAAUCUGAUAGUGAAUCUGAUGUCGAUGUUUGGGGUGGCCAGUUUGGAAAGAAGGCGGGCUGUAAAAUUCCUCCGCGUACGGUUAGAGACAGAUUAAGUGAAAGUAGGAACGCUGAUAGGAUUUCAAGCUGAAUUUCUUAGUCAUGGUGUAUAAUUUUUUUAUCGAGGGGCAUCAGAACCGCUACGUGAAUAGGGAUGUGCUGAGAUUGGGGCUAAAUUUGGAUGCUUGUGGACAAUACAAUUGGUGUCGUCUACUUAUUGAUAAGUUGCAAAGUUCAUGUACUUACUGGAAAGCUGACAUAAAGCGGAUAUUUACCGGAUCUUUACCAUUCCGUACAGUAAGUCACAUAUUUGUAUUCACUGCAAUUAGUGAUACAAAACUUACUUGUCCCACAGGCCAGAAAACUGUUUUACUUUAAUAGACCUGCGUUACAUGUGCUUGUUUUUCUGUUGUAUAGUACCUUUAUCUCAGCAAGGUGCGCAACAUUAAGUAUGUCUACGUUCCUCCGGCGUUCCCUUCCUACAGAGGUUGGUCAGAUACGUUGAUAAACGAGCGACAGAAAAUAGAAAUAAUGGAAGGUAGUUUCGGAGAGGGCGAAAUAGUCCCUCUAUCUGGUGAGAUCGAGGAAGUUGCAGUUCCCGAGUCUCCUGUGCAAAACUUUGGAGAUAGAGAAAUGAUUCAUGACGAUGAGGUCAUUCAAGAUACGGAAGACUCGGAGCCGAAUAGUGAGCAUGAAAGCACCGAUGCCUCUGUAAUGGAUGCGAUUAAAGAAGUAAAUGAUAUACAUACGGGAGGAAAUACCAUGAAUGACCUGACUAAGAACAGUGAAAGUCAAUCUUUGAAAACAGGACUAACUGGAAGUGCUGGGAAUGGAGAUGGGAGCAUUCCUGUGGUACCUCAAGUGUCCACCUUAGGGACAAAGGAGGU